UAUGUAUCUUUCUUUUAUAUUGUUAACAGUAUGUUGGGUAGAUUUUAAUAGAACUUGAGACUUGCAGAAUGAAGAAAAACGUAUUGAUAGAUAUUUUUCAUUUUGAAUUAAUCAAAAAAGUCCUUAGUGUCAAGAUUUUAUAAAGUUUAAAGAUUGUAAAGAAGAAUAUGAAUUACCACUGAAAUUUUAAUUUAUUAUGCAUUUUCAUUCAAUCCUACCUUUUCUUUUUUAAAUAUAAUUUGCAGAUUUUGACAAAUGUUUGAGCUUUUACUGUCAAAUUCAGCUUAUUUGUUUUAGUUGCUUUGAUGCACAUGUAAAUACUGAAGCUGAGCAAAACUUCUGCAUUGUUACUUAGACUUUUAUUUCUUUUUUCUUAAAAUCUAUAACCUUUAUUACUUUGUCACAACAGAUUUUAUGGUCCAUUUGGUAAAACAUUUCCAUCUUUAUUUUUGCUUCUUCUCAAGUUCAGUUGUUUAUCAGUAGUUGGUUGCACAGUAGUGUCCUGUGAAGUAGCCACAGAACUUUUUUUACAUAAGAAAAUAUACUGCCAUUGUAUUUUUGGGGUGGGGUUUUCAAAAGCACCAAUGUAUUGCAGCACAAAUUUUAUUGAUUUUCAGUGAGACUUGUGCAUAUGAGGGCUGGUCUACACCGAAAACUUAUAUCAGCAUGGUGAUGUGUCUCAGGAGUGUGAAACUAUGCCGAACUAAACCUCGGUAUGGACAGGGCUAGGUUGAUGGAAGAAUUCUUCCAUCAAUCUAGCUACUGCCUCUAGGGCACAUGGAUUAACUACAGCAAUGGGGGAACCUCUCCUGUCACUGUAGUGAGUGUCUACAGUGAAGCGUUAUGUGCCACUGUAAUGGGGUAUGUGUAGACAAGCCCUUAGAAAAUCCCACCACUGAAGCAAUACUCCAUGCGUGGACUCAAAAUUCUGCUGUUAGAACACAGGAAAGAACAACAUACUAAAAACACUACUAGGAAUAGAGUUAAAGAAAGCUCUAGGCUAAACAUUUAUUCUUAAUAGUACAUAUUAAGAGUGCAGUGACAUAAUAAAAUAGUGUUUAUGUUGUAAGUCAUUGUGGUUUAAAUCCUCAACCCAGCAUCCAUACUGAAUAGCUGGAUUUGGCAUUGAGUAGAGGGACUAGUCCAUAGGGGAAAGAAUUCUCUUUCCUAGGGUGCAGAGUCACUCCAUGGAUGCUACUUUAGUCCAGUAGUUGAAAUAGAUCUCUGUAGGCUCAACUUGUCCCCGUCCCCUCCUGCACCCAACAGGAGUGAGCACUGAAGGAUCCACACAGUGGUGGGCCACCCCUCCCCUGCUUCUGCAAACUAAUGCAGAGGGAAUCCUUACUGAGUGGGGCUCUGCAGUAUAGAAGGGCUGCAUGCACCCUGCAUAUCCCCCCCCCCCCAAACCCAUUUUGGAUAACACCUUGUUUGCGAGUCCAGCUGAUAGGGGAGAUAGUGGAGUUGUCAGCAAAAUAGAGAAGAGAGGAAAUUGAGAGAGAUUACUAACAAAUUUCAUUUUGGACAUGUUAAAUUUGAGGUGGUUGCAAGACACUCCUGAGGAGAUGAUAUAAAGGCAUUUGGAGACGUGAGAGUGGAUAGUUGAUGGGAGGUCAGGGUUAUGGAGAUAGAUUUGGGAAAUGCCAGCAUAGAGUUUGUAUCUUAAAUAGUGAGAGCAGAUGAGGUCACCUAAAGAGAGAGUAAAGGAGGGCGAGAGAGGCAGUGAAAGGAUAGAACCUUAAUGGGUAUCAAUGGAGUGGAAAAGGGCAAAGGAGAUGGAGCAGUCAAAUGAGAUGAUGAUGGUUAUUGUGGUAGGAGAACCAGAAUCCUACAAUCUCAGAAGCCUAAAGAGCAGAGCAAGCAGAGGAGAAAGCGAUCAACAUUAUAAAUGCAGAAGAACAUCCAUACAAAACUGAACAAGCAUUGAGAGUAGGGGAGAAGAUGGCCAUGAUGGUUUGGAAGUAGAGAUAGGGUGUAACUAAUGUUGUCAUGGAUGAUGACGACGAUGAGUCCUGUCUCCUUGAUCUUAUUGGAGAUCCACAGGCACUGAAUUAUUUUCUACAUGGACCUAGUAGUAAAUCUAGCAAUGAAGACUUGACUAAUGCAGGGUACUCUGCAGCCAAUUCUAAUUCAAUUUUCGCCAACUCCAAUAACACUGAUCCUAAAUCCUCCAUCAAAGGUGUAAGCAAUCAGCUUGGAGAGGGGCCUAGUGAUGGACUACAACUGUCAAGUAGCCUUCAGUUUCUUGAAGAUGAACUUGAAUCUUCUCCCUUACCUGAUCUCAGUGAGGAUCAGCCUUUUGAUAUUCUUCAGAAGUCCUUACAGGAGGCCAAUAUUACUGAACAGACUUUGGCAGAAGAGGCAUAUCUGGAUGCCAGUAUAGGUUCUAGCCAACAGUUUGCACAAGCUCAGCUUCAUCCUUCUUCAUCAGCAUCCUUUACUCAGGCUUCUAAUGUGUCUAAUUACUCAGGUCAGACGCUGCAACCUAUAGGAGUUACUCAAGUGGUACAGCAACCAGUUGGAGCAUCUUUUGCAAGCAAUACAGUUGGUGUGCAACAUGGCUUUAUGCAACAUGUGGGAAUUAGUGUUCCCAGCCAGCAUUUGUCUAAUAGUAGUCAGAUUAGUGGUUCGGGACAGAUACAGCUAAUUGGUUCAUUUAGUAAUCAACCUUCCAUGAUGACUAUUAACAACCUUGAUGGAUCUCAGAUUAUAUUGAAAGGCAGUGGACAGCAAGCACCUGCAAACAUGAGUAGCGGACUCUUGGUUCAUAGACAAACUCCUAAUGGUAACUCACUGUUUGGUAACUCAAAUUCAAGUCCAGUAGCACAACCUGUAACUGUCCCAUUUAACAGCACAAAUUUUCAGACAUCUUUACCUGUGCAUAAUAUCAUUAUUCAGAGGGGUCUAGCACCAAAUUCUAAUAAAGUUCCAAUUAAUAUCCAACCAAAGCCUAUUCAGAUGGGUCAGCAAACAGCUUACAAUGUGAAUAACUUGGGAAUACAGCAGCAUCACGUACAACAAGGGAUUCCUUUUGCUUCAGCAAGUUCACCUCAAAAUUCAGUAGUUGGUCCUCAUAUGUCUGUUAAUAUUGUUAAUCAACAAAACACAAGAAAAUCAGUUACUCCUCAAACAGUUAGUAAUGCUGGCGGUAGUAUUGUUAUCCAUUCUCCUAUGGGACAGCCUCAUGUAUCUCAAAAUCAGUUUCUCAUACCUACAAGUCUCUCUGUCAAUUCUAAUUCGGUUCAUCAUGUCCAGACCAUAAAUGGACAACUUCUUCAGACUCAACCUUCCCAGUUGGUUUCUAGCCAAGUAUCUGCUGAGCAUGUUAUGCUGAACAGGAACUCUACAAGCAUGCUCAGGGCCAACCAUUCAUAUUCAGGACAGAUGCUGAAUAAUCAGAAUACAGCUGUUCAGUUAGUUUCUGGUCAGACAUUCACAGCUCCUGGAAGUCAAGUUAUAGUAAAUCAUGGAACUUCUCAAAUUGUUGGUGGACAGGUGCCAUUACAACAGGCAUCACCAACAGUGUUGCAUUUAUCACCCAGUCAAAGUAGUGUUUCUCAAGGUAGAUCAGGUUUUACUACAAUGUCACCUGGACAGUCUACAGUCUCAAAUAUGUCAGCAUCUAAUCGGUUUACUGUUGUAAGUUCUUCUGGCACAGUACAUCCCAGCCUGGGGCCACCAGUUCAGUCUGUUGCAUCAGGAGGAAAUUUUACUGGAGAUCAACUUACACAGCAGAAUAGAACACAAGUUUCAGUGAGUGUAUCACAUUGUCUUCCAGUUUCCUCUUCUAAAUCUAUCAGCACUUUCAGUCGCACAUCAGUAGGAGUAACACAGCAACAGUUCACUUUUGCUCAGGCUCAGAAAAAAGUUAUGAACCAGUCCUCACCAGUUUCUGCAUCAAAGUCACAGGAUAGCUUGAGACAACCUCAGCUAACAGGUCUUCUGAGUAACACGUUGCCAGGACAGGAUUCUGGAGGUAAAAUCAUCCAGCAAUCUUUAGGAACAACACAGUCACAGCAGGAAAAAGUAGUAGGAUCAUCGCCUAUCCAACAACAUGUGCAGGUGGAUGUUCAUACAGUUGGACAAAAGAGGCCUGCUGCUAAACAGCUAACAAAAGGAGCUUUUAUUCUACAGCAGUUACAGAAGGACCAGGCACAUGCUGUGACACCAGAUAAAAGUCAAUUCAGAUCGUUAAAUGAUGCAGUCCAGAGACUCCUCUCAUAUCAUGUGUGCCAGGGAUCACUGCCAACCAAGGAGGAUUUAAGAAAAGUGGACAGUGAAUUUGAAUCUGUAGCCACACAGCUUCUGAAAAGGACACAAGCUAUGCUAAAUAAGUACAGAUGUUUGCUCAUAGAAGAUGCAAUGCGGAUAAAUCCCUCUGCAGAAAUGGUCAUGAUUGACAGGAUGUUUAACCAGGAAGAAAGGGCAUCUCUGUCCCGGGAUAAGCGCCUUGCACUAGUGGAUCCUGAUGGUUAUCUGGCUGAUUUUUGUUGUUCUUCUAAACAAUUUGAUGAAACUGCUGAUGAAGCACAGUCCAGUGAAAGUGAUCAUCAGUGUAGUAAAACUUUGACUUCUCACAGUCAGACUACCAAGAUCCAAACCAGAGACCGGUCAAAAUCCAGCACAGCAGAGUCUACAAAUCAUGACAAACUUCAUUUAGUGCCUAACAACAUUAUGACACAACUAGAAGGAAAAAUUUCUACUAAAAAAAUGGAAAGCCUCACUAAAGCUUUAAAGUUUGAGAAGGCUAGCUGUUCUCCUGACAGUCAAUACAUGGCUGUCUCUGAAGAGAAAUUGGCUGGUAAAGAUCUUGCCAAGACCAAUGAAAAUUCUUCAAGUUCUGAAGACCUGUCAAAAACCUUGUCAAGAGCUAAUCAUGGUACACAUAAAAUGUCAAGGAAUACAGUUGAAUCUCACUCAGAGGUAAUAUGUAAUAAUAACUCCCUCCAAGACAAAACUCAGAGGAGCUUUCCAAAGAAUGAGGUUUCACAUCCUGACAACAUGAAAGGCUCGGGUGAACCCCAACAGGAUUUACUCCUCAAUAAGAGUUUAGAAACUACAUUCAAAAACAUUUUGGAACUGAAAAAAACUGGGAGACAGCCACAAAGUGAGGCUACUGGUAGUGGCUCUGUAGAAUUAGACUUUCCAAACUUUUCACCGAUUGCUUCACAAGAAAACUGCCUGGAAAAAUUUAUUCCAGAUCACAGUGAAGGUGUUGUAGAAACGGACUCUAUUUUAGAAGCAGCUGUAAAUAGUAUCUUAGAGUGUUAAUAGUUACAGUACCAUGGACAAGUUAUGUUUCUCUUAGUAGAAGCAAAUGUGAAUGACACCACAAGUACAGCCUGACAUAUGUCAAAGGUUAAUCUUUCUAAACUAGAUUCUGUUCUGUGUUUGAGAGCAAUACUCAUUGUGAUUACAGUGAGAUAUCCAGUAAAGUUAAUCCUUGUUAGAAUGCAGUCUGUUGGGGCCUACACAUUUCAAGUAUUAUAAUGAUAGUGCUUAUGGUAAUUGUUUAACACUGCAAUUUAAUGAGAUUGCAGUUCACUAGGCCCUAGGUAAUAAGGUAAUAUACUGACAAUCACAGUCAUAUGAAAAGACCGAUUUAUUCAAGAAAACUUUAAAAAGACAAAUGGAAGCAACAAUUUUCCCCCUUCCAUAAAUCACUAGAUUUUAGUUUUUUUCCAGGAAAACCUCGUGGUUAAAUACCCAUUGUACCUCUAUUCAGAAAUGAUUGUCUGUCUAAUUUAUUAAUGAAUCCAUCUGCUCUAGGAUUUUAAGUUGGAAGGAUGUCAUCGGUACGUUUAUAGGGCUUCAUAUUUUAAGUGAUUUUUCUGUUGUCACUGAACAGAAAGUAGUACAUGAGUAUAUCUGUAGUGGGUGAAUUUAGUCUGUGGAAUGAUACUGUAUAAUGUUAGUCACAACGGUAUGAUGUGAAAUAAUAUAUGGUAGACUAAGGAAAGAAGAACAGAAGCCAGUAAGUGGCAAAGUAUGCAGGAGGAGGUCAUGAUAGAGCCAUGAAUUUAUUUAUA